GAAGCAACGCAGAGAAAAUAUCUAAACAACGAGGCGUAGACAUGAGCUCACUUGAUUGACCAUUACGCCGCCAAGAAGACUUCUGUUACGUGUAUAUUUUUUAUUUUUGAGCAACCUGUUACGUGUAUAUAAAACACUUCUCUUACGUGCAUAUAAAACACUUCUCAUGCCAUUAUCCCCAGCACAACAAACACACGAAUCGGAUCUCCGACAGUACAUUGAAGUCAAAAUCGCUAAGAAUCUCCGACAACCAGUUCCAAACCAUGGCUCAGAAUCAGCCAAUCUUUCAGACAGAAGAACAUUUUGUGCAGAUUCCCGUCAGCAUCGAGCGUGAUUCAACCACACUCAUAAACUCAAACCGGAAACCAAACCAUUGGCCGACAAUUCUCCUCUCAACCGUCUUCGUCAUCAUAGGCCAAUCCAUAGCCAAACUCCUCGAAAACUUCUACUACGACAAAAUCAACCGAAGCGAGUACAACGAACACCGCCAAAACGACGGCGUUUGGACUCAAGCUCUCCUCCAAACCGUCGGCUUCCCUCUCCUCCUCCUCCCUUUCAUCAUCCUCACCACCAAGAAACACAACCAACCAUCUUCCGACAACCAGUUCCACUACAAAUCCUUAGCGGUAAUCUACAUCUGCAUCGGGAUCGUCAUGUCGGUUCAGGGAAGACUCUCCGCAAUGGGAAAGCUCGAGAUACCAUUCGGUAUCUUCACCCUCAUCUACACAACGCAGCUCUUCUUCACUCCCAUCUUCGCUAGCUUCGUCAACAAAACCAAGUUCAACAGAUGGGUCGUCAUCUCAUUGCUCUUAGCAAUCGUCACCGGAGCUCUCACGUUAUCAUCCUCAUUCGGCGGCGAGCCGGACGAGGCGGAGCUGAAUUACGCAAGAGGCUCAUGGGCCGCUCUGUUCGCCGCCCUCUGCUUCUCUCUCCUCCUCUGUAACAUCCAAAACGUCUUCGACAGCUACAUCUUCAAACGCACGGAAUCCACCACCAGAAAGCCAAGCUUCGCUUCCGUUUUCGAAGUCAUAAUCUUCUCCUCUUUAGUCGCCACACUCAUCUCCAUGGUGGGACUUUUCGUCGCCGGAGAACAACACGAUUUGAAGAGGGAGAUGAAUGGUUUCCCGAAAGGGAAAGGUGCGUACGUCAUGGCUAUGGUGGGCCAAGCGGUUUCGUGGCAGAUCUACUGGGUUGGGAUCGUGGGACUUGUCUUUUCUGUUUCGAGCGUGUUGUCGAAUGUGAUCAGCGUCGUUACGUGGCCGAUCGUGUCGGUGCUUGUUGUGAUCUUCUUUAACUACAUGGACGAUGAGUUCGAUGUUUUCAAAGGUGUCGCCUUGAUCACUGCCGUGUUAAGCGCCGCCGCUUAUUUCUUUAGGCUUCAUAAAGAGAAUCGUAACAGUGCGUACUGAGUUUCUAUUUUUCCUUCAUUUUUUGGGUUAAUUAGUCAUGUAUUAUAUUGUUUAAUUGUGUGUAUAAUGUAUUAAUGUUAGUGUGAUUUACAAUGAAAUGUUUGCAAGUGUCAA